GAAUACCGUUCACCGUCGAUCCACGAGUAGACGCUUUCAAAUACGGUAUGCAGUCGUAGGAUCACGUACAAACGUACCUCAAGUCGAAUUCGGAGAAAAAUGUCCGGAAGUAUUUUGGUUGUCCUGGCGGCAGUAGUGACUGUCGUCGUCCUUGAAUCUUCGGCGGUGACGAACGAAGAGACUUUCAUUAUCGACUCAGUGAACGGGGACCCAGGCAACACGUGGAGGGCCAGCGACACCAACGUUAUCCCAGGAGACGGAAAACACUUCAAACAGUUGAUGGGCGUAUUGCCCAGAAACGGAAACUCUUUCAGGUUCGCUCCGAUAAAGAAAAGCGUCGAAAGCGAAUCCAACGAAGCCCUCCCCGAGCAUUUUGACGCCAGAGAACGAUGGCCCGAGUGCUUGUCCUUGUUGGAUUCGAUCAAGGACCAGUCUAACUGUGGAUCGUGUUGGGCCGUGUCUGCGGCUUCAGUGUUCAGCGACCGCCUUUGCAUAGCCACAGGUGGUGCUGUGGCGAGAAACCUGUCCGCCGAACAGUUGAACACUUGUUGCUAUCGAUGUGGUAACGGAUGUGACGGUGGGUCACCGGAGGCAGCGUGGUAUUUCUUCAUGAGACACGGUAUCGUCACGGGUGGAGAUUACGAAUCUGGAGACGGUUGUCAACCAUACAGCAUUUAUCCGUGUGGCAAAGGAAGGAAUACUUGCAUAGACGAUGAUAUCGACACGCCCGAUUGUUCGAUAAGAACUUGCACCAACUCAAACUACACGAAAGGCUACAGAGCUGAUUUGCAUUAUGUUGAUACCGUAUACUCGCUGUCGAGAUCUGAAGAAGACAUCAUGACUGAUAUAUACAAAAACGGUCCCGUCCAAGCGGCUUUCUAUGUGUACACAGAUUUCAUGUACUACAAAAGCGGUACGAGAAUACGCGGCAGCGUUAUAUACUCUACCCAAAGAGAUCGUCAAAUAGCGGUCCGUGGUCGAACAUAAAUAUCUGACCCGCAGACAGAGCAUUAAUUUCUUAGAUUAUAAGGUACUACAUUCAAUUUGGAUGGGUCCCGAAAUCAUCCAGAAGUUAUUACUUAGGACCUCCAAAAAUAUCAAUUAGUGAUCCCUGUCCUAUAGUAUCUACAAUGCUAGUUCUCAUACAGUAAUUAUUUCGAACGAUUUUUUUAAUUAUUAUAUGUAAGUUAUUAACUGUAAUAUUUGUAUUAUAUUAUUCUUAUCGUGCGAAAAUCGAGCUAUUUGUGGACUAUUAAAUGCAGUCUUGGCAUCAACAUGUUGGAGCCAGAAAAAUUUAAGUUUUUCAUUUAUGUACAGAUUUCAGUGUACUAUGCCAUGCACUUUAAUAGUGUAUAAUAUUAUAAAUGUAUUUAUGCAUACACGUAUGCAUCACAUUUAUGAUAUUCUGAAAAAAACAACUCAUCAUUUUCAACUCAAACAAAACUGAAACGGUAGAUAGAUUGAUUGCAAUGGAUUGCCGACUAAAACAGAUAUGAGUUAUUAGUCGGGUUUUAUUAAAUUUAAUAUAUUUUUUAAAUUUUAAAUGACGAGUAUGAAAAUCCACAGUUUUUUAAAUAAUUAGCAUCACAUUUUGCACACAUUAUUUGUGAUCCCGAUCGGAUUGUUAGAGUAUUAUAUGGGUAACAGCAAUCAUAGUAUGUUAAAGACAAUACACAGGCUAAGGCUUAUGGAGUCAAAUAAUACUCUACUGAUUUCGACUAUUCAAUAAAGGUUUUGAUAA